AUGAUUCCACGAAAAUACGCUAGUGGUACUUCGAAACGUAAAGCGAAACAGAAACAUGAAGAUUUUAAAAAUAAACUACCGAAACUGACCAACUUCUUUCCUGCCGAAAUAAAAACUGGAGGCACUAUUGCUAAUGAAGAUGACGAUAAGAUUCAGCAAAUCUCGGUGUUAACAUCAAAUUCGGUACUUUCUACUAAUAGUGAUGAACUCAGUAUUAAGGAUGCUGUCAUUUGUAAUGAACACUCAGAUGACAGUUGUGACAUGAAUAAUCAGAACGUAAUAAGCAGGAAAGCCAAGCUCGUCAUAGAACCUGUAAAUAAAGAUCCCUUUCUGUGGCCCAUGGAAAUGCAUGAUGAUGUGAGGCAAAAGUAUUUGGAUAAAGGCUAUGAAUAUUUUCAGAAAAAAGAUAACAAUUUUCAAGCUUCUGUUAGACAAUAUAAAGAUCAAAACAGAUUUUUAUCUUCAAAGGUUUUUUCACGAACUUUGGCUAACGGUGAAAAAUGCACGCGAAAAUGGUUGAUAUAUUCAGAGUCUACUGGGAAUGUUUUCUGUUACGUUUGUAAGCUUUUUAGUGGAAAUAAUACAAACACAUUUGUAAACGGCGGAUUUAGCAAUUGGAAGAAAGCAGAAGAAAAGAUUAGUGGACAUGAAAAUAGUGCAGAACACAAAAAAUGCAUGCUUACUUGGCUCACAUUCGUGCAUGAAAAAUCACAUAUUAAUAAUUAUAUGGCUAAGCAGCUACAAGAGGAGAUAAGUAUUGGACUGAAGUUUUAA